AAAAUUAAUUUUUCUAAUUGCGGUCGCCCGUGGGCAGAAAAUGUCAACUCCGAAUGCUCAUUAAAAUCCAUCCAUCAUUCGUAGGCGACUUAGAAUAAACUGUAGGUCUCUCCAUUUGUUGAAAGAACAUCAAGUGGCGUACCGCAAAUCGGAGGAGAAGCUCAGCCGAUAAUCGCUUCAACGGUUAUAAAGCACCAAUUAUAUAUAUAGACAGCAGAAAACCGAGAGAAGCUCAGAGCAAAACGAUGUUCCAUCGAUCAAAGGAGUGAGGGCUCUCAGGAAUCUUUACAUAUGACUAUGUGGCUUAUGAUAAGACUGGAGCGUAGGCACUUAUAAUAUUCGAGAGCGCCGGGCAAUGAUCGUGAAGAGAAGAAAAUAAUUUCGUAGGCCACUAAGGAUCCAACCUGUAAAAAGUGACCUCGUAACAGCUCACCACUGAAUACAUUUCACACAAUUUCCAGCAGUAAUCGGAAGACAUCUCGCUUAUAUGAAGGGUAUAAAUAGCUGCAUUGCACUUGUUCUCGGAAUAAUUACUGGAAAGUAACGGAAUAGUAAUCUAGCUGCUGAAAAAUGAAUCGAACAAUUUUACGUAUCUUCGUGCUCAUCGCUGUAGCGAUGGUUUGCGCUGGUGCUACCAACCCGGCACUACCAUGGGGUAUACCAGGUAUUAAACCAGCGGAAGCUCCAUCUACUACACUAAGGCCAUCUACACAGGCUCCUGGAGGUACUUGCCCCGAGCCCAGUGAGGAGCUAAUGGCGUGCAUGCGCCAAUGGGCUUGUCAGUACUUGAUACGUCUCGAUUUACGUUGCCUGCUAAACCUGAAUGGACUCCCAUUAAUUGGCAACGCCCUGGGAGGUCUUUUAGGUGGAGGUGGUGGACAGUCACCUGGUCAGCAACCCGCACUUGGAGGCGGCGGUGGUGGCAUAUUGGGUGGUUCGGGUGGUGGUUUACUUGGUGGCUCUGGAGGUUUACUCGGUGGUCUCUUAGGUUAGUGACCACACCACUGUCUACGAGUAUUUUAUAUAAUUUAAUUCGUAAGCUUCUGCUUCAUUAAACGUUUAAAGAAAAUUAAUUCCAAAAUAAUAUCACUGCUACAGAUGUACAUAUAUAUAAUAUGAAUAAAAUUUGUCGUGUAUAUAUAUACACGUAUAUACAAUAUAUAGCCUGGAAUGUGCCACAAUUUCCAAUGCUAAAAUGAUAUAAAAUAUUUUUAAAUUAACAGCAAAUUAUAUUAGUUUGAGAAUGUGUAAA